AUGGCCGCCACCCGUCAGACGUGGUCGCGUUGCAAAUCGUGUCUGGCCAGCGUCCGGCCCAGACAUCAUCACCGGCGGAGGGGCAUGAUUGCUGACGUGCAGGUGAGCAAGGAGGGAGCAUCUCCUCCUUUGGCGCCAGCUUGGAGAUCGCACGAGUAUAAUACAUGUCCCACGCCCUGCCUGUGAUCCCCGGGCCGUCGCAUCAUCUGUCCCAGAGCACCUUCCAACCACAGCCCUCCCGCUGUAAUCGUCCACCAUGGCGCACCCUCACGAUCACGACCACGAUGGCGACGACUACUUUGGCGCCACCGAGCGCACUCCCCUGGUGGGCAACGCCUCUUCGGCGGCAAACAACACCCCGCCGGCCUCGAGGCGGCGCCCGCUGGCGCACUUGAGAGGCGCUUCCAUCGCUUCUAUCGCGAGCUCGCUCAAGGUGCCCACGGCGCACAAGCCCAGCACCAUCAUCCUCAUCCUCGCCGCCAACAUCUUCUUCGCCGCCUCGUCUGGCGCUCUCCAGCAGAUGGCAGCAACCCGUAUCUUUGAGGACGUCUUCUGCCGCCAGUACUACGCCGACAAGACCGAGUUCCAGCUUGGCGACCCCAUCGACGAGAGGAUGUGCAAGGAGGACGAGAUUCAGUCCCGCCUCGCCUUCCUCUUUGCCGUCUCCAUAUCCAUCGAUGCCAUCGUCGGCUGCCUCUCUGCCCUGCCGUGGGGUGCCGCUGCUGACCGAAUUGGCCGCAAGACAGUUCUCGUAUUCUGCCUCGCCGGGUUCACCAUGCAGAUCAUGUGGAUGAUGGUAGUGGGCUGGUUCUCAGAUACCAUCCCUGCCGAGUUCUACUGGCUUUCAUCGCUGACGCUGCUGUGCGGAGGAGGCAACGCUGCUGCGGGUGCUUGUAUUGGCAGUAUGGUGUCGGAUAUCCUGCCCGAGCUGGAAAGAUCCGUUGCCUUUAUGCAAAUCCACGUCGCAAGCUCCGUCGGCAACUUGUUGGCGCCAGCCAUCGCCAGCAUCAUGAUGGUCUCACUCGGCCCCUGGCCCGUCAUGUUUGUCAGCCUGGCUGUCAUGGCAACCUGCAGCGUCACCGUCCUCUUCGUCCCUGAAACCCUGCAAAGUAAAGCACAGCCUGACGAUGCCGGCGCGCUCACCCUCCAGGACCACGCAGCCCAGGCUGUACAGGAACUUCGCAACCUGCUCGCCAUCAUGAAGGACCCGACCAUCUGCGUCGUGCUGGCCGUCUUCCUCCUCUCCCUGCCGCCUUAUCUCAGCACGUACCAAUUCCUCCUACAGUUUGUCUCGAAGCGUUACCACAUCCCAAUCGCAGAGACCGGAUUCGUCCAGUCGACCUAUGGGAUUGCGCACAUCGUCGUCGUACUCGCAUUCCUCCCGUGGCUGACAAAGUUCGUCCUCCGACCGUCAACCCCGCGGUUCCUGCGCAUCGAGAACAAGCACAAGCGCGACCUUGUCUUGGGUCGCUGGUCCUAUGCCAUGACCAUAGUGGGGUCUCUCAUCCUCGCCGUCUCGCCCAAUCUCACCGGCUUUACCGCGGGCCUGCUCGUCAUGUCUUUCGGCGCCGGCGCCGACAGCAUGAUCAAGUCAACUGCCUCUGCUUUAGUUGCCCCAGACCAGACGUCUCGUCUGUUCUCGCUCAUGGCCGUCAUGGGUAUUGGCUCGAUGCUGUGGACGUCGCCUAUGCUGGCCGGCCUGUUCAGCUUGGGGAUGCACCUCGACGGCCGCAACGGUGGAAGCGGGCCAUGGAUCGGGCUGCCGUAUCUCGGCGUCGCGGCGAGCACGACCUUGAUGCUCGUGCUCGUGUGUUUUGUGCGGGCACCGUCGGAGCGCAAAGCAUCGACAGUCGAGGCCGGGGAGGAAGGAGUGGACGUGCAGACAUCGUCAUCAUCGAAUAGUGAGAACGAGCAGCGCUCGUAGGUAGACGACGAGACCUUUGAUAGAAUUCCACAAUUUCAUACGUGUUUUUUUUUA